AAUCCCUUCCGGCCUUUGGGCGGCGGAGGCCUCGGAGGAUCCGGGGCCUGGCGUAGUCCCUCCCUCCCGGGACGCUGGGGCUGCUUCGUUCUGUGGCCCGCCGGCGCCUAGUCCUGGGCUUCUGGAGGGGGCUUGGCGAGGGUCGAGGCGGCAUGAUGGGCGACGGGGACCGGGUGGAGAUCGACGGCGGCAUCAUGGAAGGGGGUGGCCAAAUUCUGCGUGUUUCCACAGCUCUGAGCUGCCUCCUUGGUACACCUUUGCGGGUGAGAAAUAUUCGAGCUGGCAGGAGUCAGCCUGGGCUUAGGCCUCAGCAUCUGUCAGGACUGGAAAUGGUUAGAGACUUGUGUGAUGGAAAGAUGGAAGGUGGAGAAAUCGGGUCCACAGAAAUAACUUUCACGCCUGGGAAGAUCAAAGGCGGAACCCAUGCUGCAGAUACCAAAACAGCUGGGAGUGUUUGCCUGCUGAUGCAGGUCGCAAUGCCCUGUGUGUUGUUUGCAGCUGCUCCUUCAGAACUUCAUCUGAAAGGCGGCACCAAUGCAGAGAUGGCUCCCCAGAUUGACUAUACAGUGAUGGUCUUCAAACCAAUUGUUGAAAAGUUCAAUUUGACACUGGACUGUAUUAUAAAAAGGAGAGGUUACUACCCCAAGGGUGGUGGUGAAGUAACAAUCCGAAUGUCCCCUGUUAAACAGCUAAGCCCGAUCACUUUGACUGACCGGGGCACAGUCACUAAGAUACACGGGAGAGCCUUUGUUGCAGGAGCUCUGCCAAUCAAAAUAGCAAAAGACAUGGCUUCAGCAGCAGUGAGGUGCAUUAGAAAGGAGAUCCGGGAUCUCUAUGUAAAUAUUCAGACUGUUCGAGAACCUGACAAUGAGGCCUUUGGAACUGGAACUGGAAUAAUAAUUGUUGCAGAGACUUCCACUGGCUGUUUACUAGCAGGAUCAUCCCUUGGAAAAAGAGGUAAAAGUGCUGACAGAGUUGGAACUGAAGCGGCAGAGAUGUUGCUUGGCAAUCUACAACAUGGAGGAGCUGUGGAUGAUUACCUUCAAGACCAACUGAUCAUUUUUAUGGCUUUGGCAGAUGGGAUCUCACGAGUGAAAACUGGACCAAUUACUCUUCAUACAGAAACUGCUAUACAUUUUGCAGAACAGCUGACCAAGGCUAAAUUUACGGUGACAAAAUCAGAAGAUGACGGUUCGUCCAAGGAUGCCUACAUUAUUGAGUGUCAAGGAAUUGGGUUGUUAAACCCCAACUUGUAGUUGCUGCUGAUGUUGCAUUUGUUUUUUGUUUAACUAUUACCUCCAUAUUGAAUUGCACUGCAUUUCACCUAUACAUCUGAGAAAAGAUCAUGCGAUGAGUAAUUGGUCUGAAUUAAUUCCAAUAAAAGAUAGCCCAAAUGGA